AUGAAGAAGGCUCGACCUGAUGGCAAUGACAACCAGGUCUUCCUUUUCGUCAAUAAAACUCAAAAGUCAAAGUCUUUAUCCAAGAGCGAUGGGGCAAUAGCUCGAUCCAUCAAUCGACACGCGCAACAAGUUCGCAGUCGGAAGGUUGAAACCCAGAGAAUUUCGUCAGCUCGAACGAACAGUUCAUCUGCGCGUCGCAUUGCGUUGGAUGGAUGGCAUCGCAAAGAAACGGCCGUUGGCCACUCGAGCAGCGAUGGAGACUCGCCUGGUUCAUCGCCAGUGGGAAAUCUGCAAUCCGACUCACCUCCGGGUCAGUUGGGUACUCCCGCUACUGCUCCGAGUCUAGCAGGAACGCCAGAUGGAGCCUCAAGUGUUAAAUCGCCACCACUACACAAUCCGCCGAACCAGGAAACAGGUGGGGAUGCGUUGAUCGAGGAGACGGGUGUCGAGAUGCAGGCUGCGGAAGAUGGCGAAAGUCUCAUCCUCAGAGAACCUGUGUAUCGGAUCAACCUUGCAGACUAUGAUCGUGUGGAUCCAUUUGGAAGUACCAGCGUUCAAAUUACCAGUCAAGUGCAGAUUGUUCUAGACCAUCUACUGAAGGUGUACACCUACUCGGGUAACAACUACAAACUAGCGCACUUACCACGACAUCUAGCCGCCACAAUGCCACGAUUUCCCAUCCGAUCCGUGGUUCAGCGAAGUGUCUACAAAGAACACCACCUGUACUCUUUAAUGGCCGCAUCGACUGCCCGAAUGAAACACGUUUUUUGCGUCAAUAGUCCGUUUUCAGACCCGAAACAGGUCCGCACCAUUGCAAUACAUCACCUUCGGAAGGAACUGGUUGCAAGUGCGAGGUCAGGCAUCGUGGAUAAGCAGACCAUUCUAGAUCUGCUUUAUUUGAUAGUGAACGAAAUCCAAUAUGGAGAUUUUGACGAUGCAAGGAGACAUCUCGAGAUCGUCGGCAAACUUUAUGGGCUACUGGACUCGAAUGAGUAUCUUGAUCGAUGGAUCUCAGAAACGGCAGCUCAUGUAGACAACCAGCUGGCUUUAUCGACAGGCAGCCUCCCAGUUCUUCCGUACGACUUUGACCCUGGCCCAAUGCUACCAGAGAGGAUGGGAAUGUUGAAGAGAGAGGCACAGAGGUUAUUGAAAUUUGGAUGUCCAAGCCCGACAAGUUUACUUGUACCUAGAGCACCCGAGGGAUUGAACGAUGCAGUCGCCGAUCUCGCCGCGACGCUUGAUCUUCGGAUGGGCUCUCGAUUCAGCUUCGCGUUGAAGAUUGGUGCCUUCACAGGUCAACUUGCCAAAGUGGUGUCUGACCUUGUGGAUUGUAUUGAAAUUGCCAAGGUAGUCUGGCUAUCGCCGCUGGCUGUCUGUUUUGAUGCAGAGUGGCUCUGCAGGAAAGCACGAUCGGUACUACGAGCUCUUCUGAAGCUCGCCCCAGAACAUACCACCGGACCUAUCGAUCUAUACAGCAAAUGUACGGAGAAUGCGAGAAUAUGUCUGAUGAUCCUCAUGACCCACGCCUGUACCAUGAUUGGACACCAAACCGCACGAUCAAAUGUCAAACGGCUACAACGAUCCAGUCGGGCAGCAUUGGAGUACUGGUGCCCGUCGAUCGGGUGGACAGUUGAGUGUAAGCCCUGUGAUCCUGGCAAAAGAUUGCCUAUGUUUCAGGAUACACAAGCAGGGUUUGUUCUUUGGGCUAUGUUUACUGGAAUUUGGUGUGCAGAAGGAGUAGCAGAGGAAGACUGGUUCAUGGUGAGGGCUGUCAACAUCUGCCGCUAUUUUGGAUACUACACCUAUGACGACCUUCACGAUCACAUGGCUCACUACCUUUAUGCGAAGACGUUGCAAGAGCCCAGUCUUCGGAAGACUGCCCAUCUGCUGCAAACACUUCCCAGAAGUUAA